AUGACCUCGAACGAUGGUGGUCUACCCACCACUCCUGGCAUCCACGACACAACGGCGGUGACAACGCCAACGAUCAACGAACCGAUGAGCACACCGACUGGGGGCAACAGCGCCAACCACAUCCAGGUCCCGGACUCGCAUGACGGUUUCUUCGGUUACCAGGAAGAGCGCAGUCUCCAGCAGAUUGAGGAAAAGUUGAUGCUGCAGCGGCGAACUUCAGAUGCCAUCCCACCUGAAAUAGAAAGCCUGCGGGGAUCGCGAGUCCAGUCACCAGCACCAGAUCCGUUUUACGAAGAGGAGGAAGAGCAGGAUAAGCGUGAACGCCUUUACAAAGGCGAGAACCACGCAACCGAAAUCCUAAACACGGAACAAGUUCUCCUACUCCAGUCGUUCCAGAAAUGCUUAGAACUGCGCGACAAAUACAUGCUCAAAUCCCGUCAGCGACUCGGAGACGACCCGCGAGACCACGACGGGCACUUCCAGGGCAUCCCAGACGAAGAUGCGGACCCUUGUGGCGUCCGCCCAGACGCGCAGUUUGGUUUGGACAAGUCUUCCACCAGCUCUACGGCAUCCACCAACAAAUGGAAGAUCUACCCGCCUCCCCCUCCCCCUCAUUGGCACUGGAAGCAAGACCAAGUUGUUAGCGGUGGUGGAAAGCAUAUCCCGGGAGAUAGCUUCAAGUUUGAAGAUUGCGAGAUCCCUGGGCCUAUAGAAGGGUGGUCGUUCAAAUUGGAUCAUAAGGGUGUAUACCAGGUGUACAAGGGCGAGGAGGAAAAACCUGCCUUCGACGUCCCCGAUAUUCGAGAAUACUUCUUGGACCUAGAAUACGUCCUCAAAGUCAUCUCGGAUGGACCCACCAAGAGCUUUGCAUUCCGCCGACUCAAGUACCUCUCCAGCAAGUUUACGAUGUACAGCCUGCUGAACGAGUUCCAGGAAAUGUCUGAUAUGAAGUCUGUGCCGCAUAGAGAUUUCUACAAUGUUCGUAAAGUCGAUACCCACGUCCACCACUCGAGCAGUAUGAACCAGAAGCACUUGCUCCGGUUCAUCAAGUCCAAGAUGAAGCGAAGCCCCAACGACGUCGUUAUCUUCAGAGAUGGACGCGAAUUGACCUUGUCACAAGUCUUCGAAUCGUUGAAGCUUACAGCCUACGACCUUUCGAUCGAUACACUAGACAUGCACGCCCACCAAGAUUCGUUCCAUAGAUUCGACAAGUUCAACCUCAAGUAUAACCCUAUCGGUGAAUCCCGUCUGAGGGAAAUCUUCCUCAAGACGGAUAACUACAUUCAAGGGAGAUAUCUCGCCGAGUUGACGAAAGAGCUGAUGACGGAUUUGGAGCAAAGUAAAUACCAGAAUGUGGAAUGGCGGAUCAGUAUAUAUGGUCGCAAGCCUGAUGAAUGGGACAAGCUCGCGAAAUGGGUUAUCAACAACAAGCUAUUCUCGCAUAAUGUUCGAUGGCUUAUCCAGGUCCCGCGUCUCUAUGAAGUCUACAAGGCUAAUGGUUCUGUGAACACCUUUGAGGAUAUCGUCGUCAAUGUGUUCCGCCCGUUGUUUGAAGUGACGCUAGACCCCCGCAGCCACCCCGAGCUUCACGUCUUUUUGCAACGCGUUGUAGGAUUCGACACUGUCGACGAUGAAUCGAAGGUCGAACGGCGCAUUCACAAAAAGUUCCCGUAUCCCAACUUGUGGAACCUCCCGCAAUCCCCACCCUACUCGUACUGGGUAUACUACAUGUUCGCAAAUAUGGCCAGUCUGAACAAUUGGCGUCGUAUCCGAGGAUUCAACACCUUCGUCUUCCGACCUCACUGCGGCGAAGCGGGCGACACCGACCACCUCACCUCCGCCUUUUUGACCUCUCACUCGAUCUCACACGGUAUCCUCCUCCGCAAAGUGCCCGCCCUGCAGUACCUCUACUAUCUCAAGCAGAUUGGUAUUGCGAUGAGCCCGUUGAGCAAUAAUGUGUUGUUUUUGACGUAUGAGAGGAAUCCCCUACCCGACUUUUUUAAGGUGGGGUUGAAUGUUAGUUUGAGUACGGAUGAUCCGUUGCAGUUUCAUUUUACCAAGGAACCGUUGUUGGAGGAGUAUAGCGUUGCUGCUCAUAUCUACAAGCUCCCUCAAAGCUCCCUGGCUGAGCUCGCACGCAACUCUGUUCGUCAGAGUGGGUUUGAAAUGGAGAUCAAGCGGCAUUGGUUGGGCAAUAAUUGGUAUCUACCCGGUGCUGCUGGGAAUGAUAUUCAUAAGACGAACGUCCCUGAUAUCCGACUACAAUAUCGUCACCAGACACUACUGGGCGAGUUGGAGAUGUUGAAGAGGGCGAGUGCGAUGUCGGUGGAGAGUGUUAGUCCUGCGCGGGGAACGGGGGGUGUGAUUCCUACGCCUGAUAUGAUUGGUGCUAAGGCUAUGACUGCUGGGAGGUCGUGA